GAUUAUUACACAGCACGCAGCGUUUUAUUUUGGAGGGCAAGGCCGGAAGUUUUUAUGUUUUCAUGCUAGUAAACUUGAAAGCGGUAUAAGCCUUUCCACUGACUGCCACGUCAAGGUCUGUGAGGAACAGCAGGUUUUUAACUUAACUGUACUUUAUAAUGUAACAAACCUGACGUCUGGGAGAAACACUGGAAGAGCGAGCCAAAUCAAAUUUCUCAGCGUGGAACCGCUGACAACUUGGAAUCUGCCCCCAGGUUCCUGUGAGCACAGCAAAGACACAUUGAGCAGUCGUGGAGAUAUCAUGAGGCAGCUCAAAGGCAAACCCAAAAAAGAAACGUCCAAGGACAAGAAGGAACGUAAGCAGGCCAUGCAGGAAGCCCGACAGCAGGUGGCCACUAUAGUACUGCCUACACUAGCUGUAGUGGUGCUGCUCAUCGUUGUCUUUGUCUAUGUGGCCACCAGGCCUGGUGCUAUAGAGUAGACAUUGAAGUUCUGCUAAGAAGACAUGAACUCCUAAACUAACGGGCUUUGAAAACUGACAAUGGCUAUACCCAAAGGAUUACCCCCAUCAUGUGACAACCUGUCUGAAAGCCGUCCCCAAAGUGUGUUUAUUUUCUCUAAGAAGAAUUCAAGCUGCAGAAAGAAGAAAUCAAACUGAGCAGAGAAACAAUUGCUCCUUAGUGCCUUCAGAUAACAUCAUCAUCAACAUCCAUUUAAUUCUGUUCAUUUUAGAGCAGCGCAUGCAUUAAUGUUGUCUUACAAAAUUAUGCAAUAUCUUGCAUAGCAAAGGACUCAUGCACAGCUUGCCAAGUUUGACCAGAGGUGUUAAAAAAAUGUCUAAACUUUUGACUCGGUGCUAUUUUUAAUAUUUCAAGUCAAUGCAACAUGAGCCUGGUCUCUGACAUGUACCACUCUUUGGACAGCACCCACGCCUAUCUGUAUGAAUAGUAUGUAUGAAAUGUUUUAGGGACAGGAGGAUUCAGUCUGCUCCUGCAUUGUUGAACAUCUAAAUGCAGCUCUAGAGUAUCUUAUUGAAUGUAAUUGUAAAAUAUGUUCUCUUAAGUCCAGUAUGUUCAAACACACACAAAUUUCUUCAUCUUUAAUGUGAAUGUUACCCAAUUUGUUUAUAUUAAGUUAUUGACAACUAUACCUUUUGAGUUACUCAUGACAUCUGUGCGGAUGUAAAAAGGUGCCUUAACAGAUUUGCAGCUAUUAUUUCAGUUAAAUAAAAAAAUAAAAAUGUAAUAAUUUUGAGUUUGGUUAGUGUUUUAGAAUUCUUGAUAGAUAAGCAUUGAAGCCAGACCAUACUCCAGCGUUGACACAGCACUGCUGAGAUCUUGCGACACAAGACUAGGUAGUAUUUAAAUGUAUUCACUGAGCUUUACUCUGGUUCUGAUUACUUAUAUUUUUAUUUGUAAGUACGUCCUGGUAAAAUAUGGUGUCUAUCUGUUGCUUUAACUUAUUCAGUCACAUUUAUGUGGGAUUCAGUUGGUCCAGUGGAGGUGGGGUGUCAGAAGUGUUCGAAUCUUAACACAGGGACUUUAAAAAUGUCGUAUUAACAGACAGGGUGGGAUGACACAGGUAGUGCUUAGAUACUACUAAGUAUUGUACUGUGUACUUUUAUUGUACUUCUGUUAAGUACAGCUAUAAGCCUAUUGGUUUACACUGAAGAUGUACAUUUUUUUAAAACAACAAAAGUAUAGUUUAAUUCUACUCCAUUUUUUUCUGAAACAGCUGCCCACUGUAGAGUUUAACAAAUGUUAACUUACUCAAACAUUAUAGUAAUUGGGGCAGCAGGACAGUGUAUGUGGGAUUGAGUCAAAAAUAAAUUGUUGUUUCAUGGCAAUGAA